CUUUGCUUUUAGGUUUCGGCUCUUACUGCUUAACGGAACACAAUAAUCGAGAAUGGCCAGUAACGUUACAAUCCGAAUAGCGGCCGAUCGGGUUGACAUUCCCCUGCUGAACGUGGAAGACAAAAAUCAGCGUCUGUUUACACCCGGCGAAGUCGUCACGAGCCAGCAGGGCUUUAUGCGUGGCCACGGAACGUAUAUGGAGGAUGAAAACAUCAAAUCAUCCGUCGCCGGCGUGAUGGUGCAGGUCAACAAGUUGAUCACGGUGAAAGCACUUAAAGGGCGCUACGUGGGGGAAGUCGGAGAUGUGGUGGUAGCUCGCGUAACCGAGGUGCAGGAGAAACGCUGGAAGGUCGACACAAACUCUCGGCUCGACUCCGUGCUGCUCCUUUCGUCCGUCAACCUGCCCGGCGGAGAGCUUCGUCGCCGUGGGGCCGAGGACGAGAAGCAGAUGCGCAAGUACCUGCAGGAAGGGGAUCUGAUAUCGGCCGAGAUACAGAAUGUCCACUCGGACGGGGUACUGUCGCUGCACACGCGCAGCCUCAAGUACGGCAAGCUGUCGCAAGGCAUUCUGGUGAAGGUGUUCCCGGCGUUGAUUCGACGCCGCAAGACCCACUUCCACAAUCUACCCUGCGGCGCGUCCAUCAUUCUCGGCAACAACGGUUUCAUCUGGAUAGCGCCGAUUCUCAACACGGAGGGUGAAGGUGUGCGUGGUGGCUUUACGCAAAACCUCGACGACGUGGUACCGAAGGAAGACCGGGAAACGAUUGCCCGGCUGAAGAACUGCAUCCUGGGGCUGGCACACUGCAAAAUGAUGCUUUACGAUACGAGCAUACUGUUCGCGUACGAGGAAUCGAUGAAAUACGAGGUGCUUGAGCUGCUUCACCCGGAAGUGAUCGCGGAUGUAGCUUUCCUGACGCAGCACCGACUCCACGUCUUGAAUCAAUAAA